UGGUGCCUCAGCAGCCUCUCGCACCCCCUCUGCCCAUCCCUAAGGAGCCGAUGAGUUGCUGGAUGCCUGGGUGCCCAGCUCUCAGCAUGUGCCGGGGCUUAGCCGCGCUGCCCAUCACUUGCCUGGAAAGAGCCAAGGAUCUGAAGAGCCGCUUGGGCAUCCUGCUUCACAAACCCGAGCUGGGACACAAGAUUGGGAGCUCCAGCAAGCUGCAGCUGGGCUCCAGGCGCAGAGACUCCUCCCGAGAUGUGCUGGAAUGGAGGGAGUCCUUUGACCAGCUCCUCAAGAGCAAAAGUGGGGUAAAUGCCUUCCACACCUUCCUGAAGACUGAAUUCAGCGAGGAGAACCUGGACUUCUGGCUGGCAUGCGAGGACUUCAAAAAGACCCGGUCGAAAACCAAGCUGGCCUCCAAAGCCAACAGGAUCUUUGAGGAGUUUGUCCAAAGUGAGGCGCCCAGGGAGGUGAACAUCGACCACGAAACCAGGGAGAUCACCCGCAAGAACCUCUCGGGGGCCACCUCCGCCUGCUUCAACGAGGCGCAGGCCAAGACGCGCACGCUGAUGGAGAAGGACUCCUACCCCCGCUUCCUGAAAUCCGCCUCCUACCAGGACAUGAGCAAGCAGGCCGCCAGCCGCGGCACCAGCAAGCGCUCGCACACCUGAGCCCAGCCCCGAGGCGCGGCGGGGGGACCAGCCAGGGCAGGGUGGGACGCGGUUUGAGGCCAGCCAGCCGCGGGGUUUCGGCUGAAGUUCUGGAAUUUUAGCAGGAUCCCCAGCACCUGGAGCCGGAGUUCCUCCCCGGGUGGGGAGCCCGGAGCCUCCCCUCGCAGCUCGGCCGGAGACCUGCGCCGCCGCGGACACGGAAAGAAAUGAUUUUGAGCUGCGGGUCCAGGGAAAAAUGGGAUUCCCCUGAGCAUCCACAACCGAAGAGCUCCCACCUGCUCUCGGACCUGGCGGGGUCAGCACAGGAGACUUCCAUUCCCACUCGCAGGGAACGGCCAGGAUAAAAGCCCCAAAACUACGCGGCGUUUUCAGCUGGAUCCUUCUCCUGAGCCCAAGAUCCUCCAGCUGUGUCCUAUGCAUGCUCUGCAUCGAAGCUUUCCACCUCCUUCCAAGUGCAGCGGUGUUUUUAUCCCUCGCUUGAGCUCCACGACCUCCAGAUUGCACCUAAUCUUAGGUCACAUGCGCGACCUUUCAUUCCUAUUAUCGUUAUUUAUUUCAUCGUUGUUGUUAUUAUUAUUAUACCUGUAUUUAUCAGAGGAGCACUGCUGAAAGCACACACACGCAUGUCCCUUGCUCUCAGGAGCUUGUAAAUUAAAUUAUUUUAGCUGCUGUAGCACUUAGCAUGCCUCCCACCUUUUCUGUGUAAUGAUUUGAGAGGACUGGACAGAUUUGUAGCACAAUUGUGGAGCGAGGUACACCAGUAGCAGCAGGGAGAGCUGCUAGAGGGUCUGGAGGGCCACAGAAGGCAGUGCAAGGAUGGUCUGCAGCCCAUGGUGUUUCCUCUCUCCCCUUAAAGAUGUGGAAGGCAUCUCAGCACACAGCAGCUUGUCCUAAGCAGGGAACAGAGAGGUCAAACAGCCACUCUGGUGAGCAGCCCUAUGGAAAACUUGAUUUUCCCACAGGGGAGAGAAAACCCGGGGCUUUGCCUGGGUUUGUGAUUGGGCUCGGUGUUCCCUUGGAUGGUGAAACCAGUCUGCAGCCACAGCACUUUACCAGAAACCCACGGAGUGAGGCAAAGCUCACGUGAAUUCAGUGACCCGGAGGGGUGGCAGGACACGUCAUCAGCCCACACCGGGGGGCAGCUGCUCAGAAAGUCCCUCUCAGCAGGAAUUCUGGGGUCCUGGAGAGGUGUGGAUCCCACUUGGCAGCAGUGGUGGCAGGGUGGGCGGGUGAUGUGGAGCCUGUACUGGCUCCUGGGGAAUGUGCCACCGGCACUGCUCCCUGCUGAGCUUCCAUUUAUCCCUAAAGCCCAAACCUGGAGAUCCUUAUCCCACUGGUUCUCACUCCUUGCCAAGGGAGCUCUCUCCUGCCCCCCUGUCUCAGCAACAGCCAGAGCACAGCAUCCUUUGGGCUUUUCCCAGCUGCUUGGGCAAAGCAAGGGACCAAGGACCAGUUUGGGGAUGUUACUCCGUGUCCUCUUCCACCAUCCCCAUCCUGGUCCCACCUCUGAGCCUCCUGGCUGUGUUUACAGGGAGAUAUCAGCUGCUUUCUUAUUUCCUAUUUAUUUUUACAACUGGAACCACCUUUGCUGUGUUACUGAAGCCAGCGAUGCACAAUGGCCUGUUCUCAUUACCAACAUAAUGUUGUCAUUACAAAAUAAAAUGCAAAGAG